CGUGGUUGGUGCAGGAGGCUUUGUCGUACGUGAGUCUAAACGUCCCGCAAGUGCUACUCCAGCGUCGGUUUCUGGUUCAAAGAUUCACGGCCGUGUUUUGUCGCCUUUCGCGACGAAUUAAUGUUCAUAGCAGCGAAGUUUAAAAAGUUCAAAACGCAUUGAAAACAACAAAACAAAACAACUUGUGCUACAAGUGGGUGUCAAUGGAAAAAGCCUUCACGGAAGGAGGCCAAAUCUAGUUGUGCAUUCCUUCGUAGUGACGCAAAGUGUGUGAUUGUUUCGUCAUUCGGCGCUGAGCAUAUAUUCACAGUUUCUUUUUCAAAUCAACCGCAUUUAUUGCUUAUUGUUUGACACUGACUACAUCGUGUACUGAGGCUGCAGCAUCACGCCACCAUCCGAGAGAUGUAUCCGAAUUCUGGAAUUAAUGCGGCUGCCGUGGCGGCCCGUCAUCCGGGUCCUCCACAAGCAGCACAGCCGUUCAAAUUCACCAUAACAGAAAACUGUGAUAGGAUAAAGGAGGAAUUUAAUUUUCUUCAAGCACAAUAUCAUAACCUCAAAAUGGAAUGUGAAAAACUAGCUCAGGAAAAGACGGAAAUGCAGCGGCACUAUGUCAUGUAUUAUGAAAUGUCUUAUGGUCUCAAUGUUGAAAUGCACAAACAGACGGAAAUAUCCAAAAGGUUAAAUGCAAUCAUAACGCAAAUCGUACCUUUUCUGUCGCAAGAACACCAGCAGCAAGUCCUAACCGCUGUUGAACGAGCGAAGCAGAUUACAAUGUCUGAACUGAACGCAGUCAUUGGGCAACAACAACGUCCCGAUUUGCCCCGGUUGCUACAGCAGAUGCACGCACAGCAAAUCCCGGGUGCUCACGGUGCUCCACCCAUUCCGGUCGGUAUGCCACAUCCCAGCCUCGGCCCGGGGGCGCUCGGAGGUCCCCUUGCCCUCGGCAGUACACCACCGCAACAUCCGUUGGCGAUUCUCAACAAACAGGAACUGCACCGACCGGAAGAGUCAAAAAGCAGCAACAGUAACAUUAUGCCAUUGGACGAUCGACACCGAAGUUCAAUUUCUCCCAACGAUCGCGAAAAGUAUCGCCCACGGACACCCGAAUCAACGCACGAGCUGAAGAAAGUGAAAAAAGAAGAAAAGGACAUGGGACACCAGUCCGAUGGUGAAAAGUCAGACCAAGAUCUGGUGGUGGACGAUGCAUCCGAGAUCAAUCCAAUGAGCCCGAUGCCGAAUCAACAUCAUAAUGGCACGGCAUCUCCACGGGAAAAUGGUAUGAUGCAGAAAAAGCUGGACGUACAGGAUCGUGAUCGCAUCGGCACGCAUUCGCCGCGAUCAGGAACUUCAUCGAAUGCAUCGACACCAUCGAAUAAGAAACUGGACGACAAACCGACCACACCGAUCGCCAAACCAGCCACGCCGACGAAUUCGGUGGCGAGCAACGGUGUUCCGAAAGUCGUCAACAAACCGCCAGUAUUAAAUCCCGGAUAUCCACCGUACCUAGCCGGUCCUUUAAAUGGUGCACCACAUGACCUGCAAGCUGCUGCUGCCGCAGCUGCAUAUGGCGGCCCAGGGGUCCACAACAACCUGCCUCACUCGCUCAACAACUACGCGCGAGCACCACUGGCGUUCGAUCCACAUUCGCAAAUGCGUGCACCGAUCGGCCCGAUCGGCAUUCCCGGUGGAAAACCAGCUUAUUCGUUUCACGUGAACGCAGAAGGACAGAUGCAACCAGUGCCAUUUCCACAGGAUGCCCUAGUUGGGCCGGGUAUUCCCCGUCACGCACGUCAAAUCAGUUCCCUCAAUCAUGGCGAAGUGGUGUGCGCUGUGACGAUCUCCAAUCCAACCAAAUACGUGUACACGGGUGGUAAGGGAUGUGUGAAGGCGUGGGAUAUCUCGCAGCCGGGAAAUAAGAAUCCAGUGUCACAGUUGGAUUGUUUGCAACGGGACAACUAUAUUCGAUCGGUAAAAUUACUGCCGGACGGACGGACUUUAAUCGUUGGCGGUGAAGCGUCCAACCUUUCGAUCUGGGACCUGGCAAGCCCGACGCCAAGAAUAAAGGCCGAACUAACCUCGAAUGCGCCAGCCUGUUACGCGCUUGCCAUCUCACCCGAUUCCAAAGUGUGCUUUUCGUGCUGUUCCGAUGGAAACAUUGCCGUUUGGGACCUCCAAAACCAGACCCUUGUGCGACAGUUCCAAGGACAUACGGAUGGUGCAUCGUGUAUCGAUAUCAGUGCUGAUGGUACAAAGCUUUGGACGGGUGGGCUGGACAAUACCGUGCGCUCCUGGGACCUCCGGGAAGGUCGUCAGCUGCAGCAACAUGAUUUCAGUUCACAAAUCUUUUCACUCGGCUACUGUCCAACGGGUGACUGGUUGGCUGUUGGUAUGGAGAACUCCAACGUGGAAGUGCUACACGCUACCAAACCGGACAAGUAUCAGCUGCAUCUGCACGAGAGCUGCGUUUUGAGCUUGAAGUUUGCUGCCUGUGGCAAGUGGUUCGUGUCGACGGGCAAAGACAACCUACUCAACGCCUGGAGAACACCGUACGGUGCCUCGAUCUUCCAGUCGAAGGAAUCAUCCUCCGUGCUCAGCUGUGAUAUCUCGGCCGAUGAUAAAUACAUCGUGACGGGAUCGGGAGAUAAGAAGGCUACCGUGUACGAAGUAAUCUAUUAAGCCUAGUUGGGAAUUGCAAAGCUGAAAACAACAGAAAUAUGUAAAUUAGUAGUGUUUGUUCUUUUGGUGGGAGCUGUGCUAGUUUGU